CCUCCUUCCAAGCAAACCGGUCACGUGACACGUCGCCAGCCAAUCAGAGGGCUCAGUUGCCAGCCUGGAAAGCAGCUCCUCUGCUCGGACCUUCGCUCCUGCCUCUGCCGCUUCCCAGUCCGCGGCGAGGGGGAGGAGGUGGUACAGGCGUGUUUUGAUUAAACUUUACUGAAUGUAUUUGUAGAGAUUUUUUUUUUCUAUCACUAUGAAUGGUUGCGAUACAUUCCCAGGAUGCUGAAUCUGCCAACUAAAUGUUUUGCUCACGGCUGCGGGCUUCACAGUCGGAGGAGAAUUGAACUUUUGGACGGUCUGACGGAGGAGCGGAGCGGCUUUUCAGACACCAGGCAACGGACUGAUCUAUGCUAAGCUAACCCGCUAACCAGAACCCUUGGAUGCUGGUGGAAUUCCUGCUAAAAGUCCACAAAUGACCUUGGAAUGUAACGUUUUUAAUUUUCAGUUUCUACAAAGACUUUACUGUAAAGUGGGACCGCGGAGGCUCGGUGUGUUCGGUCGCAGUGAACGGCGCAGGUGCACCUCCUAUAUGCUCCUGCGGCACCUGUGGAGGCUCGGAAACUUCGGCGAAAAGUAAAGUUUAGCGUCAUUCCCUUGUGGCAAAACUAGCUCCUUGUAUAAUUUAGUCUUUUUUUUUUUAAAUAUAGGUAUAUAACUAAAAGUGUUAUUUCACGACUUUUGGUUUUUAGCAACUGCUCGCGUCAGUUGCUAAAAAGCAUUUUGGCUAAACUUAGCCAGCAUCUUCGCUAGCAGCACGCUGACCCACACUGACUGACGCCGGACUGGCGACCUGGAUUCGGGCUUCAGCACAUUCGCUCCCGGAGGACUUUGGACUGUUCGGGUGCGCUGUGCAGAGAUAAAAAAAGAAUUAAAACCCAACUUUUGAUCACUUUUAAAGUUUACUUUUUAUUCUAGUUUAGUUCUCAAAGCUCUGCACCCUAUGGUGCCGCUACGGCCACCAAGAAAUGGAUGUCUCGCAGGCCGCUUUCCCAAACGGUGAGGGGCGGCCGGGCGGCGGUGGGACGGGGGAGAAUGUUUGGACGGAGUCCGCGACGGUCCGGCCGUGGGCUCACUCCGCCCCGUUAUGCCCGACUCGAUCUCUGUGGACAGCCGCGUACGACUACGAGGCGAGCGGUGAGGAUGAGCUCAGCCUCCGGAGGGGGGACGUGGUGGAAGUCCUAUCCAAGGACGCUGCUAUCUCCGGGGACGAGGGAUGGUGGACGGGAAAGAUCAACCACCGGGUCGGGAUCUUUCCCUCCAACUAUGUCACUUACCAGCCCGCUAUUUACCGACUCCCCACGGGAGCCGGGUCGGUUGGGGGACAGGAGCAAGCCCCCAGCCCGCCCGUCCAGAUCCCCUUCAGCGAGCUGACCCUGGAGGAGAUCAUAGGCGUGGGUGGAUUUGGCAAAGUCUACCGGGGGACGUGGAGAGACCAGGAGGUCGCAGUGAAAGCGGCCCGGCAGGACCCGGACGAGGACAUAACGGCCACUGCCGGCGGCGUGAAACAAGAGGCGAAACUCUUCUCCAUGCUGCAGCACUCCAACAUUAUUAAACUGGAGGGGGUGUGCUUGGAGGAGCCGAACCUGUGCCUGGUCAUGGAGUACGCCCGCGGAGGGACCCUGAACCGGGCGCUGACCGGAAGGCGUAUCCCUCCGCACAUCCUGGUCAACUGGGCCGUGCAGAUCGCGAGGGGGAUGCACUAUCUGCACGAGGAGGCUGUGGUCCCCAUCAUCCACCGGGACCUGAAGUCCAGCAACAUUCUGUUACUUGAAAAAAUUGAGAACGACGACAUCGGGAGGAAGACCUUGAAGAUAACAGACUUCGGCUUGGCGAGGGAGUGGCACAAAACCACAAAGAUGUCAGCAGCAGGAACCUACUCCUGGAUGGCCCCAGAGGUCAUCAAGUCCUCCCUCUUUUCCAAAGGCAGCGACGUCUGGAGUUAUGGCGUCUUGCUGUGGGAGCUGUUGACUGGGGAGGUGCCGUACCGGGGGAUCGAUGGCCUGGCUGUGGCUUACGGUGUGGCGGUGAACAAGUUAACUCUGCCCAUCCCCUCCACCUGUCCUGAACCUUUUGCCAAACUGAUGGAAGAGUGCUGGGACCAGGAUCCCCACCUGCGGCCCUCCUUCUCCUGCAUCCUGGAGCAGCUAUCUGCCAUCGAGGAGGCGGUGAUGGCCACCAUGCCUCAGGACUCCUUCCACAGCAUGCAGGACGACUGGCGUGUGGAGAUCCAGGAAAUGUUUGACGAGCUCAGGACCAAAGAGAAGGAGCUGCGCUCCCGGGAGGAGGAGCUGACGCGAGCCGCCCUGCAGCAGAAGUCUCAGGAGGAGCUGCUGAAGCGGCGGGAGCAGCAGCUGGCAGAGCGAGAGAUCAACGUCCUGGAGAGGGAGCUCAACAUCCUCAUUUUCCAGCUGAACAGAGACAAGCCCAACGUGAAGAAGAGGAAAGGCAAGUUCAAGCGCUCCCGGCUGAAGCUGAAGGAUGGAAACCGCAUCAGUCUGCCCUCAGACUUCCAGCAUAAGAUCACGGUACAGGCGUCCCCCUCCAUGGACAAGAGACGAAGCCUUCACAGCACCAGCUCCUCUCCUCCCAGCAGCCCCACACUCAUCCCACGCCUCCGCGCCAUUCAGCUCACUCAGGACGAGAGCAACCGCACUUGGGGCCGCAGCGCCCUCUUCAGACCAGAAGAGUUCGAUGACGCGAAAAAGGGAAUCAAGAAGAAAGGCAGAACGUGGGGCCCGAGCUCGGUCCAGAGCAAAGAGCGGCCCGCCGCUGCUGAGAGAGUUCGUCCUCUGUCUGACGGCAGCAACCCCUGGUCCACCAGCCUUCUGAAGUCCCAGAAGUCCUUCCCGCUCGAUGCUCUGUUCGGUGAGCAAGCGGGGGCAGGCAAAGAUGAGGCUUUCCCCCCAGAAUGUCCGGACAGCAGCUCCAAACCAAAGCAGCUCAAGUUCCCCAACCAGGUGUACAUCGAUCUACCUCUGUGCAGGGACGAGCCGCCGCCUCAAAGCGCCGCCGCAAACGGUGCACCGGGAGAUCCAAAUGCAGGCAGCCCGCCCGAAACCGCAGACGACCCCUGCACCACAACCUCCACCUCCUCCACAUCCACCACGCCACAGCUCACCCCCACCAACAGCCUGAAAAGGACAUCCGCCCGCCGUAAGACAGACUCUGCGCUGUACGGCUGCGGCUCGCUGCUAGCCUCCCUCGUGCUCGGUUACGACAUCAGGGAGGCUCUGAAGAACUCUGAGGACUGUGAGCCGCUGAGAGAGGAGAAGAAGAAGAAGGAGGGGCUCUUUCAGCGCGCCACUCGCUUCCGCCGCAGCACCUCACCGCCCGGUGGCCGCGGCCGGAAGGAGGACGUGUCAUCAAACGGCACCAGCGCCCAACCCAUCAAUCUUAUCUCCAUGUCAGCCAUCAUAGAAUACAACUCCUCCAAGUGCCUCCUGCAGUCCGGGGCGGAGCCAGAGGCCAAGACGGAGCAGCGUAAUCAAAAGGAAUCGGGCAAAGCGAGCAGGGAGGUUCCCGCUGUCAGCAAGAACGCGGCGCCGCAAACCCAAAACCAGACGCCUGAGCAGACCAACCACAACCCCGGGACCCGACUGCGCAGGAAGAAGUACACUAACCACCAUGCCAACGCCCCCCCCUCUCUGCCUCCCGCCAUCGUGCAGAAGAAGGAGGACACGCCCCCAGAAGAGGAGGUGGUGCUGCGACCACGGCCCGUCUCAUUCCGGGCCAAACCGCACACCUGGGCUCUACUGCGAGGACGCAACAAGAGUUACUCUCUGGGCCACUACACCGGCGAGAAGACGGCCCACGACCUGAGCGUGGUGCUGUCCUCAGGGGGGGGCUGCUCUCUGCUGGACAUGGACACGGAGAGCCAGAAACGAGACUGCACCGUGCCGCUCUGCCGCAUCCAGAGCUCCCCGGCGCGCCCCUCCGUCUUCGAGCUGGAGAAGGAGUUCCUGUCUUGAGAGCCGGACGGCGGCCUCCUGACGCCCGGAGCACAGCACGCUCUGGAUCCCACUCAGGGCUCUAGAACCUGAGCAGAACCUUCCAGAGCCACGGUUCAUCCUUCUCUUCCUUUGUCAGUGCAGCUCAACGUUGACCGCCGCUGCAGCCUGUCAACACAGAACCUUCAGCUUUUUAUUUAUAUAUCUAUUUUUAUAGGUAAUUUAAUACGAAGAGACUUUUCCUUGUGUAGCAUUCAUUCCAUGGCAGUUUUCCAGGCUGCGUUCCUGCUCUUUGAUCGUUUUGCUUCUAUUAUUUCGGGGAUCAUCCUUGCAUGUUCCAUUAGAAACUGAACAAAAAAAAAGAUUUCAAAAAUUGAAGAAGGUUUGUAAAUAUUUCUCUUUGUCCCGUCGGACUGGAGCUGCGGCUGUCAUGCCUGUUUCUGAGGACAGACCGGUUACAAGAGGGAUCCGAGCGGACAGAACCCUUUCACUGAACAUUUAUAUUGUUUUUGUAACGGUGCAGUUUUGUUCAUAUAUUUGUAUUUAUACCAAUGUUUUUGGAGCUGAAAUAUUACAAAAACCUGCACCAAAUGACCUCCUCCUCCUCCGGUUCCUGUCACUGUGAAACUGUCACCACAUCACGGCUUUUCUAGCAAUAAUGCACAUCAGAGAAGGAGUCUGAAUCUCUGUUACAUUGAACUUUUGCUCAUUUCUGCACCCAAAUCCUGCUCCAGAAACGAUCAGGAAAUGGUUUGGCUGGUUUUUGUUUUUGACCAGCGAUGCUGUAAACAGGCUGAGUGUCCUCAGGAUCCCAAAGGGCUCAAUGAUUUCAUAUCUUUGGAUCUGCAGAUCGUUCCUAAAGUCAUGAAUUUGUAAAAGGUGUAAAUAUCUGGUAAAUGAGUUUUUCUGUCCAGUUUCCACUGUGAUAAAGCUGCUGAAGUUGAUCCUGCAGGUUUCCUUCCACAUUCCCAGACGACAUUCCACUGCACUGAGCGGCCUGCACUCACUAUUUAUGCAAGCAGACAGCAGCGCCGCUCAGUCAGGUUCUUUUGACCAAAUUCCCGAAAAGAAAGUAGAGUUCUUUGUGUUCAGGACCAAAACCACUAAAAGAACCUACAAGCUUCCUAUUUCUGUGUAAAAGCUUCCUGUCAGGUUUAGCUUUCUGAACGUUUUAUUGAAAGCUGCUCUUUAUCCUCUCAGUAUUGGUUCGUUCACGCUAACUCAUCAAGUGUCAUUUACCAGCAUUCUCAAUAAAAGUCUGAAUUCAAA